AUUCGCAAAACCCUACAAUCAAAAUUUGCAUUGAAAUCCCAAAAUUUGUAGAACACGAAAUCCCAAUCUCCAAUCGCAAAACCCACUCCCGAGCUGACUCUAACCGCUUUACCAAGGCCGUCUGCGAUCGAUGUGUUAGUAGAGGUAUUGAGAUUUCUCCAAAUAUUGAUGGGAUUAUUAGGACUUAGGAGGUGUGGUGAUGAAUUGGGCUAGUCUUCUUGCUUGGCCUGCUACGAACCCAUUUGGGAAUGGCUGGCUACUUCUCUUCCGGGGACCAAAAGAGUAGGCUGCAUCGGCUUUGGGAAGCCCGUUUACUGCCCACCCUGCUUAGACAAUGUGGGUUGGGCUUAAUCGCUUAUGUCGAACGGAAGCCACUUGGUAGUUAGGUAAACGAAAAGAGGGAGUCCGAGUCUAAGCAACGUUACGAGUAGAGACGAAACGGUUUGCGCUUUAGGAAAGAAUGAAAGAUACGUCUUUAUUUCCUGAUUCGGUGCGAUCAUAUCAAACUGGGAAUCUCGGCAGAUCAAAUCUUCUGCUUUGGAACACUCAUGUAAUUCUCUCAUCUUUGUUUGCUUUUUUCAUGAAUUGUGUGUUCUGAAGAGAUUUGUUUUGUGUCUCUCCAUCGAUCUCUGUUUUAGUUGCUGGUUUUACUUUUGAAGGAGGUAAAGGAAAUAUGGGUAACACACGCAGUUACUCAAAACCAAGUAUGUCUGAUGCAAAAGAACGCAGUUACUCAAAACCAAGUAAAUUUGAUGCAAAAGAGUCUAAUAAGCCCUCAAAACAACAAGAACAACAAGUUAUAUCAACAAAAGAUCUCAUACUACAGAAAGCUAAGCCCUUUUCGGAUGACUACCCUACCUAUGAUGAUCCCAUCGUCUGGGGUGUUUUAACGGCUAUCACCAAACAUUCAAUUUAUGGCAGGAGAUACCAGGGAUGCCAGGGACACUGUAUUGACUUGAAGAUGACUGAGCAUUGCAUUGGCCUAGUAUUGAAGGAAAUGUCUUACCAAAUUCCAAACGAGGCGGUCAACAAUGGCUAUGGAAUAUAUAUUACCAGAGUUGAUAGUGAAGCAGCAAAGCAUCUUGGGACCUAUUAUCCAGCUGUCUUCUUGUGGGACAUUAGCGCAUUUGACACAUAUGUCAAUUGGAAAAAGUUGACUAAAGGAGAAGCUGUGAAUAUUUUUCACGGAGAUAUCAUCUCUCUUUUCGCUGCUCCUGAUGAUGUUAAUGCAGUUGGAUAUGUAUAUCAAAUGGCAUAUAGGUUUAGUCCUUGGCAAGAAGUUAGAGUAGCAGCAAGCCAUGACAAAUUUGAAGCAUUGCAUAAGGAAUUUGCAGAGAUGAAAUUGUUGUGUGUAAAAGAGCGUGUAGAACUCAAGGCUGACAUCAUGGCUGAACUCAGGACUGAAGUAUUGCAUAAGGAAUUUGCGGAGAUGAAGAAAUUGUUGUGUGUAAAAGAGCGUGUAGAACUCAAGGCUGACAUCAUGGCUGAACUCGGGACUGAACUCAAGUCUGAACUCAGAACUGAACUUCAGGCUGAACUCCUGACUGAACUCAGGGCUGAACUCAAGUCUGAACUCAGGGCUAAACUCAAGACUGAACUCAUGGUACCAGGUUUCAAAUGAGUUAUGAUUUAGCCUUGAUGGCUAUGUUAAUGCCAGAGCUAUUUUAUGCUUUUAAUUAUAAGAUGCUGAAUGUUAUUACUAAAUAAAGUUGCAUCUGGAAACCUCAUAUGGGUUGACUUAUAAAUUAGCAAAUUGACUCUGUAGCUGUAUUUAUGGUGUGCGAACUUCUUGAUGCUAAUGGCUAUUUCUACUCUUGUGCUAA